GUCGAUACGGGCGUUGUAGAGUGAGUGACAUUGCGGAGGUUACUGUGCGUCAGCGGGAUUGUAACCAUUAUACCACAGACACGGCCGUUAAAUACGGGUUAUAAUUUAGUAACUUAGUGGACGUAUUUAGAAGAGCCGAUGGGUUCGGAGUGAGAUAAAAGAUAAUUUACAGGUUGCAGACUCAUCCGGCGACUGUUACAGACCAUAUGAUACAAUACCCAUGAAUUCUGUGCGUUAAGUGUUGCUUUCUAUUGGUGUUUGUUCAAGCAAAUCUAUGUUCCUUUUAACAUCUGUAAAUAUAUAUUAGUAUUUAGUCAAUGUUCUUUGUGCAGUUGUCAGUAACAGCGUAGAUUCGUUUUUGUGACAUCUUAAAGUGACAUUAAUGGAGUAAUGAUCUAAGUGAUAUUUAGUUGGAAACUUUAGAAAGAUUCUUUAGAUAAGGGCUGCUCAAACAGUUAACACAUAAAAAAAUCUAAAUAUAAUUAAGUAAAUAUAUAUUAGUAUUUAGUCAAUGUUCUUUGUGCAGUUUUCAGUAACAGCGUAGAUUCGUUUUUGUGACACCUUAAAGUGACAUUAAUGGAGUUAUGAUCUAAGUGAUAUCUAGUGAAGAAAUUUAGAAAGAUUCUUUAGAUAAGGGCUGCUCAAACAGUUAACAUAUAAAAAAAAUCUAAAUAUAAUUAAGUUUAUGGAAAGUAAACACUGAAAAUUCAUUAAGGCAUGAAGGAAGUGAUGGCAAAGUGACAACCUAUUCUGUAAGAGAGUGAAGUGAUAUUUCCGAAGUGACAAAAACAUUGACUGACUCUUCCGAGGCAAGAGGGUGGUUCACGCGUGACAAGGCGCGACAGACUACUGGGGAGUGAUGUUUUCAGGAUACAACUGAACCAUGAGGGAUGUUUCCAUAAUUCUUCUUCUUCUCUUCUUCCAUCACGUUAAUGGUGAAGACUACCGGCCACCCCGUAUCACCGAACACCCUACCGACACCAGCGUUGCUCGUCACGACCCUGCCACCCUUAACUGCAAGGCAGACGGUUUCCCGCCCCCCGCGGUCGACUGGUAUAAAGAUGGUGAGCUUGUGAAGCCUUCAGCCAACAGAGUGAUGCUGCCUGCAGGAUCCCUGUUUUUCCUGCGCGUCGUCAACGGCCGUAAGGAGUCCGAUGUUGGAGUCUACUGGUGUAUGGCCAGGAACCCCGCAGGGAUUGCCAGGAGCAGAAACGCCACCCUUCAAAUUGCAGGUACUGCAUGA